CUUCAGACUAAAGACACACCUCUUCAGACUCUACCUCCACUAACACACUAACUAAUUGUAGCACUUAAAUUGUACCUGUAGCGCCACUCAUCUAUGGCAAAUUGUAAAUUGGCUUAUUUGAGGAAAUUGCACUUGUUUCUUGUCCUUUUGAGUUUGUAUCCUAUGGUUGAAUGCACUUUGGAUAAAAGCGCCAGCUAAAUGACAUGUAAUGUAAUGUAAUGUAAUGUAAUGUAAUAACGCCUGCCCCAAGGCCCCAGACCUGCAGGCCCACGAGCACAUUUACUCGGCCUACAUUCAGGUCAAUUAAGCACAACUAUGCCAAAACAAUACUGAAAUAAAUAUGACCAAAAGUUUAGGAGGAGGGAAGCUGGUCCACUGAGCCCCUGAGGCUCCUCUGGAGCAGGCUGAUGGUAACACACGCCACAAGUCAUUGGGUCUGCUGCCCUCAUCAGGUCAGCAAACGUCUCACCGUGCAAUUAACUUGUACUUGUUUGUUUGCGCCCCCUGUAGGCCGAGGGGAGCGUUGCAUUUCCCCACCAGGGGAGUCUAGCUAAGACGCACGUUCUUGGUGUUGCUUUUUUUUUUGUCUCAAGAGGCACGAAGAGUCACCGCGUUUUUUUUUAUUUCACCGCGGGGGGAACUCGCAUCGGAUUGACCUGUGCUGUGACGUCACGCCCCUCGCGCCCCGCCCCCCCGCCAGCCCUCACCGGGGAGCGUGCGCGCGUCCCGGUCGGCGCGUCAGUCAGCGCGUCUCUCUGCAGGGAGCAGGACCGGCCGCGGAGGGAACACCUGGAUUACCAAACGCCACAUCGGGGCCGGAACGAAGAACGAAGAAGCUUCCAUCAUGUCUCGCGCUCCCGAUGACGUGAGCAAGCUCACCGAAAGUACAUACAAGAACGUGAUGGACCAGUUCAACCCGGGCCUCAGGAACAUGGUCAACCUCGGGAAGAACUACGAGAAAUCCGUCACAGCCAUGACUCUGGCUGGGAAGGCCUACUUCGAAGCCGUGUCAAAGGUCGGAGAGAACGCCACCCUGUCCCCGGUCUCCAGAGAGCUCGGUGUGGUUCUGAUGGAGAUCUCAAACGCCCACAGGAGGGUCUUCAAUGAACUAGAUGAGAACUUCAAGACGUUCCACAGGGAGAUUGUUAUCGAGCUGGAGAAGAAGACGGAGAUGGAUGUGAAGUACAUGAACGCCACCUUCAAGCGCUACCAGUCGGAGCACAAGGUGAAGAUGGACCACCUGGAGCGCUCUCAGACGGACCUGAAGAAGCUGAGGAGGAAGAGCCAGGGAAAGCACUCGUCCAAGUACGAGAUCCGAGAGAACGAGUUCAUGGAGACCAUUUCGUCGCGCCAGGUGGACAUGCAGAAGUUCAUCGCCGAGGGCUGCAGGGAGGCCUUGCUAGAAGAAAAGAGACGCUUCUGCUUCCUAGCAGACAAACACUGCGUGUUCUCCUACCAGAUCAGCAACUUCCAUGAGAAAGCCAAGGAGAUGCUGGCCGCGCAGCUCCCGAGCUGGCAGGAAAAGUGCAGCGACAUCACCAAGGUGCCGGACACGGUGAACACGAUGAUAGAGGAGCUCUCCCCGACUCCGGAGCAAUCGCCCGUGGUGCAACGCUACGACGGGUACAACGCGGGGUCAAAGGUCCCUCCGCCGGCGCCGCAACUGAAGGCCCAAAUCAGCCCGCUGGUCGACAUGUUCAACCAAGAGCCCAGGAUUCCUUUCAGCCCCCCCGCGGACAACAGCUCAGAGCGGGGCGGUGUCGCAGAGGGCGGCAUGUCCCGGUCCACGUCCCAGUCGUCCGGUCUCAACGUGGGCAGAAAGCCCCGGGUGAGGACGGUCUUCCCCCACGCGGCCGGCAACAACCCCACGCUGCUCAGCUUCGAAGAAGGCGACGUCAUCGUCCUGCUCGUCCAGGAGGAGAAGGACGGCUGGUUGUACGGAGAGUUGGAGAAGACGCAGCAGCGGGGCUGGUUCCCCUCGUCUUACUCCAGACCGUAUUCUGAACCAGUGAUAUCUAACAGCAGCAGUCUUGGCACGCCGCUCCAUCGUCGCAGCGUGGCCAGUCUGCAGGAGCGCGAGGAGGAGGAGGAGGAGGAGGAGGAGGAGGAGGAGGAGCCCGUGCUGCUGCCGCCGGCAGACUACAGCGACGGCACCGCCCCCGGCCCUGCGACCCCUGCGACCCCUUCGCCACUGAACAAGGUUUCUUUAGGUAAUGGGACCGCAAAGGCUGCCUUUCUAGGAGGAGGGAAUCCGUUCGCCACCGUCAAGCUGAGACCAACGGUGACAAAUGACAGAUCCGCACCACACGUCUAACGCCAAAGACGAGGCUUUUCGCCGCUGCCUUCAGGGCCUCACCGGACCCCUGCGACACACCAAAUAUCCCCCCCCGGCACGACCUCUCACCAGGAUGCAUGCUGCUCUGUCUGCGUGCCAGGCUGCUCUAUUAAAAGAACCCAUUGUGUUGUUGCCCUUAACACCGACAUCUUGCACAAUCAAGGCACGGAGAGGUAGAAUGGCAACGAUUUUUGACACGUAAAACAUUUCGCGUCGUAAACUUCGCCCCAAAAAACAAUGUUUGGGAUAUGAAGGCAGUCAAGAUGCUGGACUCCACCGCACAGUCUAUAGAUAGUAACUACUGAAUGUAAAUACUCAGAUAAAGUCACUGGGUCCCCCACAAACACUGAUGGCGUUUCUACUGCCAUGCUAACAAGGAGAUUUGGGCGAACUGUCCCUUUAAGAUGCAAAGCGAGUCUUUUCGGGCUGGUUUGUGCUGCAGUUUGUGCCGUGUUUUGCCGCAGGACGAAGGGCGAGCAGCAGCCGGGCCGUCACCCCGACUCGCCGCAAACAUCGUGCUUUCUGUUUUUGUUAAGAUCGUUUUUGUCUUUCUUUUUUUAAGAGGUAUUAUGACAUACGAAGGUUGUGACGAUGAAGGGAGAGUGACAGUUUUGGGAAAAAGGUUUGUCAUUUGAGUUAAGGCAAAACAGUACGUCACUGUUUAAAAUGAGAAGGCUAUUUAUACACACUAAGUUUGUAUGAGAUAUUUAAAUGAUGUGGGCAAAAGUCAUUCUGUGAAGGCGUCCUUUUUGAGUACCACAGCUGCACGUGACCCCAGGGUCACUAUAACUUGACAAACAAUGACCCCAAUGCCUUCACCCCUCUUGUUUAGUGUAGAUUCUGACAACAGUUCACCGCUUAUAUGACAUUUGAACUCUAUGAAUAAAGUGGGUCAUUGUUUUAAAGUAUUAGUAGAACACGUUUUUGCCGUGUUUUUGCUUCACCGAAUGUAAAUGUGUGAUGAAACUGAUUAAUCCGCGCAGACCCACUGGUUGUGCGACAGUGAAGCCAUCGUGGUUAUCGCCUCACGCUUUCAGAGUACCUCGCCACUGUGUUGACCAAUGUAGUCUUUUUUAUCUCAAUAAAACAAGUUAAAGUAAAAGUUUG